GCAAAACAAUCCAUUAUGAAGUAUACGAAGUAUCAUGCUUAGUUGUAGUACCGCUGGAUAGUAGGGAUAUUCCUCCAUCUUCUACCUUUGCACGUGGGCUGUGUGUUUAUCUGACUACGGGACUCAAGUAUGCCAAGGAACAAGGCAAAACACUGGAAAUCCAAGCCUCGCCAGCCUCGAAAAAAUGUUUGGCACAACAUUACCAAGGAAAACCCCAUGUUCGAAAAAUAUUACAAGGCAUUAGGGAUAGUUCCAGAGUCAGAAUGGGAACAGUUCAUAACUGCUUUGCGUCAAGAGCUACCAAGCACUUUUCGCAUCACAGGAUCACGAAGUCAUGCAAACAUGUUACUUCAAGUACUAAAGCACAAUUACCUGGACCAACUGAAAGAAGCUACAGCGCACUUGGACGAGCAAGUCGACCCACCAACCUCUCUUCCAUGGUACCCUGAUGAGCUAGCUUGGAAAGUAAAUCUGAGUCGCAAGUUCAUAAGGAAAUCCCCAUCCAUCAAGAAAUUUCACCAGUUCCUAGUACAAGAAACUGAAUGUGGAAACAUCAGUCGCCAGGAAGCAGUGAGCAUGAUACCUCCUCUCCUAAUGGACAUAAAACCUGGUCAAAAGAUCCUGGAUACAUGUGCUGCACCAGGGUCCAAGACAUCACAGAUCAUUGAGAUGCUACAUGGGGAUAAGGAGACGGGCAUAGCAGAGGGUCUGGUGAUCGCCAAUGAGUUGCAGAACAAGAGAUGCUACAUGCUGAUCCAUCAGAGUAAACGCUUGCGCAGCCCUUCCUGUGUUAUCACAAACCAUGAUGCUUCUACGUACCCAACUCUUCAUGUCAAAAAGGAAAAUGGUGACAGAACACCUUUGCUCUUUGAUCGCAUUCUGUGUGAUGUUCCUUGCAGUGGAGAUGGUACAAUGAGGAAAAACCCACUAAUAUGGAACAAGUGGACACCACAGCUAGGGGUCAGUCUGCACAGGACACAAUUGCGGAUACUGGCCCGUGCCAUGGAGAUGUUGGAGGUUGGGGGACGCAUCGUCUACUCCACAUGUACUAUGUCCCCCAUCGAGAAUGAAUCUGUUGUUGCUGAGAUGUUGAGAAACUCUGAUGGUGCCCUGGAACUAGUGGAUUUGUCAAAUGAGCUGCCAAACCUCAAACGUUCACCAGGUUUACACAGCUGGAAGUUAAUGAUGAAGGAUGGUAGUGAAGUCACAGGCUGUGACCCAGGUUCCCCUGCUUUUCUUGGUGGCUUCAGACCAUCCAUGCUGCCUCCUCCUGAUAAUGAGGCUAAAGCGAUGCACCUCGAACGCUGCAUUCGAGUCUACCCACAUCAGCAAGACACAGGUGGGUUUUUCAUUGCUGCCUUGGUGAAGACCAAACAAGCUCCAUGGGAGAUUAGGCGCUGCAAUAGCAUUGCUAAAUGGCUACCAUGGCAACCGCCCCCUGAAAACAAGAAUGAAAGGGAAGAAGGACUAAAAUCUGAGGGACAUGACAUUGAAGAUGGCGUGACGAUUGAUGUGUUAGGCGCCGGUAUCAAAGACGAAGCUAAUGCAAGAGAUGCUGAUACGAGUGACAUGCAGGAUGACACUAUGACAAAUGAAGAUGAUAGUGGUGUUGACGAUUUUAAUAAAGAGACAUAUGAUGUUAAUGACGUCUUUGCAAAAACAGAGUCAGAAAACACAAGUUCUGAACCCCCAUGCAAGAAACCUCGUACAAAUCUGGGUUUCAAGGAAGACCCAUUUAUACUUCUUCCAGAUGACGACCCUCACUGGCCUAUUAUAAGGGACUACUUUGGUUUUGUGCCAUCUUUCCCUUCCGCUCAACUCCUGAUUCGCUCUAUUGGUGGCAAAAAGCGUAAUGUGUACCUUGUGUCUAGAAAUGUUCAGGCACUGCUUGAGUGUGCCGGCGGUGACAAUGAUGACGUCAAGCUUAUUAGUGCUGGUGUAAAGACCCUUACACGAUGUGACGGGGAGGAGUUGGGAUGUGAGUUCCGGCUCAUGCAAGAGGGAAUAGAAAACGUUGUCCCGUAUGUGACAAAGCGUAAGGUAUUCAUCACACAAGAAGAUGUGUUCACUUUGGUUCGCCACGACAAGCCUUUCAGCAACAAGUUUUCACAGUCUACUCGAGAUCAACUCUCUAAAGUCUCAGGCCUGGGAUGUGUGAUCUUUCUGUAUGACCCAGAGAGUCAGUUCAGUUCUCCAUCUGAUACCAUCAAGUGCAAUCUGUGCUUCUGUGGGUGGAAGGCCCGGACGUCUAUUCGUGCACUCAUGAGCAGAUCAGACAAGAUGCAUUACGCCACCCUAUUCAACCUCACCCUUGCCCCCGACACCCUGCCUCAAAAUGGGUCACAAGGCGAAGAGGCCUGGAAUGAAAUUUCUGAGAAGGCAACCCCGCAGGACCUAGAAACUGAAUCUUCCAAGGCCACCUCACAAGAGCUACCAGCCUCCUCACAAGAGCUACCAGCCACAGCAACAGAGGAAUUAACACAUAACUGAAUCUUCCAAGGCCACCUUUCAAGAGCUACCAGCCACCUUACAAGAGCUAUCAGCCACCUCACAAGAGCUACCAGCCACCUCACAAGAGCUACCAGCCACCUCACAAGAGCUACCAGCCACCCCACAAGAGCUACCAGCCACCUCACAAGAGCUACCAGCCACCUCACAAGAGCUAUCAGCCACCUCACAAGAGCUAUCAGCCACCUCACAAGAGCUACCAGCCACCUCACAAGAGCUACCAGCCACCUUACAAGAGCUACCAGCCACCUCACAAGAGCUACCAGCCACCUCACAAGAGCUACCAGCCACCCCACAAGAGCUACCAGCCACCCCACAAGAGCUACCAGCCACCUCACAAGAACUACCAGCCACCUCACAAGAGCUACCAGCCACCUUACAAGAGCUAUCAGCGACCUCACAAGAGCUACAAGCCACUUUACAAGAGCUACCAGCCACUUUACAAGAGCUACCAGCCACCUCACAAGAGCUACCAGCCACCUCACAAGAGCUACCAGCCACCUCACAAGAGCUACCAGCCACCUUACAAGAGCUACCAGCCACCUUACAAGAGCUACCAGCCACUACACCAACAGAGGAAUGAUCAAAUAACUGAGCCUUCAAGGCCAUCUCACAAGAAAAUUCAGCCACAGCAACAGAGGAAUCAUCACAUAACUGAACUAGUUGUUUUAGUACCCUUCACCCUAAGACAAGAGAACCAUGUCUUUACAUGCUCAACCGCCUGCUAGUGGGCUACAGAGACUAAAAGCAGCCUGCCCCUUCUCCUUUUGAUUUGCACUAUCUAUCUACACUCUGCUUAAUCGAAACAUCUUAUUAAAAUAUAACAUUUAUAACUA